AGCCCCAUGCGGAGAGUGGGAUGUGCUCGGGCGAGCCGGGGGCGGGGCGAGCGGCUCAGGCCAGUCAAGUAUGGGGGGGGGGCCUCGGGCUAGCCCCACACGGGGUGUCCCAUUUCCCCUCGGAGAGCCCCGAGCCCAGCCCGGCCCUGCCCCCGCGGACAGCCCCGCCCUCGGUCCCUGCCUGGGAGUGACGAGCGGGAAAUGCCCGCGGGGUGGGGCGAAGGGACCUGGGCCGGGAGGCCGAUGUGGAAACCGCUUCCCAGAAGGGCCGGGAGGCGGCGGGCAGGGCCGGCACCGGCACCGGCACCGGCAUGGAGGAGCUGCUGAAGCGGCUGGAGAAGAAGGGCGAGCGGGAGCUGCAGCGCUUCAGCAAGAGGGUGCAGAAGUGCCUGGUGAGGGAGGGGGAGAAGCUCAUGGCCGAGAACAAGCCGGAGGGAGGGGCCGAGCCGGCCGCGGAGGUUAACGACCGGAGGGACAGCGCCGAGCACGGCGGGCUGGAGGCGGCCGUGAAGGCGCUGAUAGACCCGGACCGCAUCAGAGACCUGGCAGGGGCACUCGGCACAGACGUGCCCCCUGGAUCUGCAGCCACUGCUGUGCAGAGCGAGCCCCUUCCCGCUCGUGCCCCAGCCGGAGCCGCCGAGUCCCCUCCCACUGUGAUUCCUGACUCUGAGCAGCUGGAAAUUCUCCCUUUGGACAAUGCAGAGGGACACACAGUUGUCCUGCGGCGCCCAGAGGUGUCAGAAAUAUUCCAGUCUCAGCCACUGGUGGAGGGCAGCCACGUGGCCUUCAGCUGCUUCAUCGCAGGGUACUUCCCCCAGGAGCUAACUGUGACCUGGCUCAGGAGGGAGAGUGGAGAGAGUGUGGCCACGCCCAUCAAGGACUCCGCUGAUUAUGCCAUCAUCCCCAAGGAGACCUGUGCCAAAGACAGGGAGACCUACCAGCAGAUGGUGACGCUCUCCUUCACCCCAUCGGUGCAGAGAGACCAAGGGGCAGAGUUCAUCUGCCAGGUGGAACAUGUGACCCUGCAGACCCCCAUUGAGAGGAGCACUGGGACACUGGAGAUCAAAGGUAUCGCUACCCCCAACGCCAAGGAAGUUGCCCCCGACACCAGGGAAGUUACUCCUGUUUCCAAGGAAGUUACUCCUGUUUCCAAAGAAGUUGCCCCCGACACCAGGGGAGUUACUCCUUUUUCCAAAGAAGUUGCCCCUGACUCCAGGGAAGUUACUGCUGUUUCCAAAGAAGUUACCCCUGACUCCAGGGAAUUUAAGUCCAUUUCCAGGGAAGACAGAGAAAACGCAGCUGGUGGAAAAGAGACACACUUUGUCGACCGGCACCGAGAACAGCUCAUCCAGCGAGUAACUCUGGUCGAGGGUGUCCUGGAUAAGCUGCUGGGUAACGUGUUGGACUCUGAGCAAUACAUGACCAUUACAACCGAGAAAACCAACCCAAUGAAAAUGCGGAAGCUGUAUGAAUUCAUGCUGAGCUGGAACAGGUAUUGCAAGGACCAGCUCUACUGGGCACUGAAGGACAAGUGCAAGUUUCUUGUUGCAGAUCUGGAAGGGGAAUGAAGGCAAUGAACACCCUUCCCCCCCUACACACACUGCCUUUCCCUUUGCUUCCUGUGUGUGUUCCAGGGAGGGAAACCCAUUUCUGGCUCUUCCCCAAGUUUCCAAAGAUGUCACAACUGAUUAAGACAUGGGCUGCAUGAAAACUUUCCCUUGAAUUAUUUUUCAAUGAAAAAUCAGGUUUUUAACAAGAUAAAAUAUCUAUUUUCUGAGAAAAAAAAUUUAUUGUUGAAAAACCAAACACCAAACACCCGAACCAAAAAUAUUUCAGCCAAAACCUGAAAUGUUUCAAUUUGGGUAUAACUUAUGGGAGGUGGAGUUCACUUGCCUCAUCCCCGUUCUCAUCUAUGGACCGGGGCCCUCAGCUGGACUACAUUUCCCAUGAUGCACCAUGGCCAAGGAUUCCCAUGAUGCAACUGCCUCCUCACCAAAAGGAGAGACCAUGGUGCAUGCUGGAGCCCAGACUACAGUAGAGAAUGGGGUCAUGGGGCACCCAAAUUUCAACUCCCAUUUGGAACUGCGGCAGCAUUCCCAAAUCAACAUAUUUUGGUUUUAGUUUAUGUGUUUGUGUUUUUUUGUUUGUUUUUGCUGAAAAGUUGAACUUUUCAGUGAAAAAUCUGGACACGAAUGAAAUCUAUUGAUCUGUUUUUGUUUGGGGGUUUUGUUUUGUUUUAAAACGUCAGUGGAAAAAUCUUUCAUUUGCCAUCAGCAGAGCCCCAAACCAAACUGAAGCUCCCUCUCCGUGCCUUGCUCUCCCAGCCACUUCAGCCCCUGGCUGCUGCAUUCUGUUGGCAGCUGAGUGUGAAGGGCUGGAGGCUGAACUGAACAGCUGCUGGGCUGGUGAGGACCACAAAUCUGGGGGGGCGUCUCCAUUUUAUCCUAGUCCCUGGGAAGAUAAAGCCCUGAAUCCCCACAGCUACAUUCUGUCCCACCACAUCCCUCCCUUUGGACACAAAAAGUCCAGAGAUGCCCUCCUAGAGUUUAAAGCCAGAAGGGACCAUUAGAUCAUCCAGUCUGACCCCCUGUGUAGCCCUGGCCCUUACAUUUCACCCAGUUACCCCUGCACUGUGCCCAAUAACCUGCAUUUGACUAAUGCCUCUUCCACAAUGGCAGUCGGUCAGGAUUUGAAGACACCAAGAAAUGGAGGAUUCACCACUUCCUUUGGGCGUUUGUUCCACCCUGAGUGAGAAAAAUUGGUGCCUGAUUUCUAGUGUGAACUUGUCUGGCUUCAGCUCCCCAGUCCCGGGUUCCAGUUCUGUUUUUCUCCAGCGGAUUGCAGAGCCUCGUACACUGCAGUGCCCUUCCCCCACGCUCUCACUUGCAUUACAGACCCAUUCGUCCUUUGUAUCAGGGCUUCAGGCAAGGCAGUUCCACCGCUGCCAGGACGAGGCUUUGCUCUGCUUCUCCCCAGACACACACACGUCCCCCAAGCCAGAACCUGGCUGCUACCCUGGGCCUUUGCUGUCCAUCUAAGCCCACCAGCAUCAACCCCUCAGGGCCCUGUUGGGAGAGGGGGCUGCCUCUCAGCCAGCCUGCUGAAAGGGGAAAUCACUGUAAUUCUCACAUUAACCCAAUAGGGGCUGGUUAUUGUUAUUAUUUUAACAUAGAGCAACUUUUGUACCUUUGUAUUUAAAUUAAAAAGAAGGUGGUACCUGUC